AUGGCACGAGGCACUUUCGUUUUCAUUUCUACUGCGAUUGCAUUGUUCCUGACAGCAGCCGUAACCAAUGCAGCACCAGCUGUUGAUUCUCGUCUUGAAAACACUGAUACCAAGAUCACCAAAGCUUCCUAUGAUAUCUCCAAUGUCCACAAGUUGACACGACGUGAAGAUCGUAGCGACCAACAACAUCGUGACGUAAACGCUGAUAUCGUUGAGGAUGAACGUGAUCAUCAAGAGGCUGACGAAGAAGAAACCGAGGAAUAUGGACCUAAAGAACGACACCCAAAGCGUGAAGAUCGUAGUGACCAACAAGAUCGUGAUAAAAAGGCUGAUGUUGAUGAAGAAGAACGCGAGGAAUACGGGCCUAAAGAACAUCACAAAAAGCGUGAGGACCGUAGUGACCAACAAGAUCGUGAUAAAAAGGCUGAUGUUGAUGAAGAAGAACCUGAAGAACAUCACAAAAAGCGCGAGGACCGUAGCGACCAACAACACCGUGAUGUAAACGCUGAUAUCGUUGAGGAUGAACGUGAUCAUCAAGAGGUUGACGAAGAAGAAGCCGAGGAAUACGGACCUAAAGAACGACACCCAAAGCGUGAAGACCGUAGCGACCAACACGAUCGUGAUCGAUACAAGAAAACUGAAAAAGAAGAGAGUGAAGAGGAAGAAGAGGAGGAAGAAGAGGAAGAGGAAGAGGAAGACCAUGGCCGGGAUGGCGAAGCAUAA